AUGUCUGUGACUACAACGCAAACACUCCUCCGGUGCCUCAACGUGGUGUACCAACAGCCACCCGAGGAUAAUGAGCUGCGCAACCAGCUGUCUCAGGCACUUUCCCUUGCCCUGGUGGCAGUGGAAAGCCCUCUGGAUACCGUCCACCGUCUCAGUUUUGCGCCCUUGCAACUAGCCAUGACAAAGGUCGCCAUUGACCUGAAUCUCUUCGAGGUUCUUGUCUCACAGGGGCGGUCGAUGAGCGUGCACGAGCUAGCACAGGCAACGGGGGCACACGACGUGCUGUUAGGUCGCAUCCUUCGUUAUCUGGCCGCAUUUAGCCUUGUGGCCGAGACUUCGCGGCGACCCCGGUCACGCAGGGGCUCGCUCUUUGACGUCCAGCUACCCGCCUGGGCGGCCCUUCCGGACUUCCUCAGAGAGAGUGAAUAUCAGAACCCCUCAGACCGGCAGCGUACGGCAUUCCAGCGCGCCCAUCACACAGACAACACGGUCUUCACCUGGUUCAUGACCCACCCAGGGUUUUCCGUGGACUUCAGCGCGUGGAUGGCAGCGCAGCGGAACGGCGAGCGGACCUGGCUGGACGUCUUCCCGCUGGACCGGCUUGUUAUGAAAACGGCCCCUACCUCAGCGCCCCUGUUCGUGGAUAUUGGUGGCGGCGUGGGCCAUCAAUGCGUGGCACUCCUGGAACGGCUCCCCCAGCUGGUUGGGCGCGUCGUGCUCGAGGACCUUGCCCCAGUCGUCGCUCACGCUCUGCCGCACCCCCGAGUUGAGCGUCUGGCCCACGACUUUUGGACGCCGCAGCCGGUAAUGGGAGCCACCUUUUACUACCUGCGGAACGUGCUGCACGACUACCCAGACGAGCAGUGUGUAAAGCUGUUGCAGCUCCAGCGCGCUGCUAUGGGCCCCGACUCGGUUCUACUGGUGGACGAGUUAAUUUGUCCUCCCGCCGGAGCGCCCCGCGCGUUUGUCGACAUGGAUAUCGCGGUGAUGGCGUGUUUAGCAGCGCAGGAACGUACACAGGAGCAAUGGGAACAUCUCUUCCAAUCCGCGGGGCUGUAUCUGGUUGAAGUCUUGCCUUACGUGGCGCAGUUAGGGCACAGCGUGAUGGUGGUAAAACCGUAG